AGUAGUUUUUUUUAGUUUUUUUACAAGUUUUGACGUUUCGCUUUAUUCGCACUUUACGGUUGCAUGAGACAAAAUUUCAUUUACUUCUUUUGUUCUGACCCUAAAUCGUGUUGCACCACAUUGCAAAUAGCUGAGGAAAAUUUCGAAAUUUGUGAAUAAAUUUGGCCAAACUUUUUGUCGCAAUGCCUCCGAAAAAGAAGGGUACUAAGAAAAACCAGGACUGGGACUCGGACGAAUCCGAGCUGCAACAAGAAACGAAAUCGGUAACUGGGAAAGGCAAAUCAGGUAAAGGAAAAGCUGUCAACGUGGAUUCCGACGAGGAGUCGAUUCCAGCUGGCAAGGGUAAACAGAAAGCAGCUGCGGUUUCAGUGCAUCCUUCGAGAAAGGUUGGUAAAGGCAAGAAAGGUAAAGGAAAGAAUGGCGAUUGGAGUGAUGACGAUGACGACCGAAAGAAUAUCAAGGCGCUGGACGUUGAUAGCGAUGCAGACGAAGAGAUGGCGAAGUUAACGAAACCGGUUCAAAAAAAGAAACAACCGACCAAGGGGAAAAAGGGCAAGAAAGAUGAUGAUUGGUCUGAUCGGGAAGAAAAGGAAAUCAAGUUGGAAGCUUCUGAUGAAGAGGACAUACCGGUUGUGAGCAAUAAAACUGCAAAAAAGAAAGGUAAGGCGUCCAAGAAGCAUAAGAAGGUGUCUUCAGAGGAAGACAUUGCGAGCAGUGUGGAUGAAAGUGAUGAAGAAUUAGUGUCCGACACGACGAAAAGUGCUAAAGGUGUUGAAAAUACACAAGUAAACGAAAAGGAUGAUGAGAGUAAAAUCCAGCGGAAGCCUGCUUCGGAUGAGAUUGAAAAGAUCAACUUGAAGAAGGAUUCGGGUCUCUUGGCCAUAAAGAAACUAGAGAAAACUUCAGAACCAACAGUAGAGCCGGUUUUGCAGACAGAAACACAACAGAAGGAAACGCCAAAUUUACCAGCGCCAUCGGAACCUACCAACGAGCCAAAACUAGAAGAAAAUAUCGAGGAAGAAUUAGUGGAUAAGGUUGAAGAGCUGACCAUGGAAGAAAAGGAGAAAAAGCUUACUCAUAAAGAGAAGAAAAAGAUGAAGAAGCAAGAAGAGUUUCAAAAACAGAUGGAAGCUAUGACCAGAAAAGGUGGUCAAGGGCACUCUGAUUUGGACAGUAACUUCACAAUGUCGCAGGCCCAAAAAAGUGGAAAUCAGAGCAAACACAUGGACCACGCCGUUGAUAUCAAAAUUGAGAAUUUUACUAUUUCGGCAAAGGGAAAUGAUCUGUUUGUGAAUGCAAAUCUGCUGAUAGCAAAUGGGCGCAGGUAUGGUUUGGUAGGUCCUAAUGGUCACGGCAAAACAACGUUGCUCCGACAUAUCGCUAACAAGGUAUUUGCCAUUCCACCAAAUAUCGAUGUAUUACUUUGUGAACAAGAAGUUGUUGCCGAUGAGAACUCGGCCGUAGAUACGGUGCUCAAAGCUGAUGUUAAACGUAUUGCGUUGUUAGAAGAGUGCAAAAAACUGGAAGAAUUGAUUGAAUCGGGAAAACUAGAGCUCCAAGAUCGUCUGCAGGAAGUAUACAACGAACUAAAAGCGAUCGGAGCGGAUUCUGCGGAACCCCGAGCUCGUCGUAUUCUAGCAGGUUUAGGAUUUUCACGAGCUAUGCAGAACCGGGCUACGAAUGCUUUCUCCGGAGGUUGGCGAAUGCGUGUUUCCCUCGCUAGAGCCCUGUUUCUGGAACCGACUUUAUUGCUACUUGAUGAACCUACCAAUCACCUGGAUUUGAAUGCUGUAAUUUGGCUAGACAACUAUUUGCAGGAAUGGAAGAAAACUUUACUGAUUGUAUCUCACGACCAGAGCUUCUUGGAUAAUGUAUGCAAUGAGGUUAUCCAUUUGGACAGCAAAAAGCUUUAUUACUACAAAGGAAAUUAUUCUAUGUUCAAAAAGAUGCACGUUCAGAAGCGCAGAGAAAUGAUCAAAGAGUACGAGAAGCAGGAAAAACGAAUCAAGGACCUGAAGGCUCAUGGCCAGUCUAAGAAGGCUGCGGAGAAAAAGCAGAAGGACAAUUUAAGUCGCAAACAGGAAAAGGGUAAGGGCAAAGGACAAAAGGUUACCAAAGAAGAUGAUGGGCCAGUGGAACUUUUGGCCAAACCAAAAGAUUACAUUGUCAAAUUUAGUUUCCCGGAUCCCCCACCACUGCAACCGCCCAUUCUUGGAUUAUACAACGUUAAUUUCAACUUUCCCAAUCAAAAACCACUUUUUAUCGCUGUUGAAUUCGGUAUUGAUAUGAGCAGUCGUGUAGCAAUUGUCGGUCCGAACGGAGUUGGAAAAUCCACUUUCCUGAAACUGCUAGUCGGUGAUCUGAAUCCCAUUUCUGGUGAGGUUAAACGGAACCAUCGACUUCGUAUCGGUCGCUUUGAUCAGCAUUCUGGAGAACAUCUCACUGCAGAAGAAAGUCCUGCCGAAUAUCUUCAGCGACUAUUCAAUCUCCCGUACGAAAAGUCUCGCAAAGCAUUGGGAACUUUUGGAUUGGCCAGCCACGCACAUACGAUUAAGAUGAAAGACUUAUCAGGUGGUCAGAAAGCACGAGUGGCAUUAGCAGAACUAUGUUUGAAUGCACCCGAUGUCCUUAUUCUCGAUGAACCGACCAACAAUUUGGAUAUAGAAUCGAUCGAUGCCUUAGCGGAUGCUAUUAAUGAGUACAAGGGUGGAGUCAUAAUUGUUUCCCACGACGAGCGACUUAUCCGUGAAACUGAGUGCUCUUUGUACGUCAUCGAGGAACAGACGAUAAACGAAAUCGACGGAGACUUUGAUGAUUAUCGAAAAGAGGUACUUGAUAGUCUUGGAGAGGUCAUCAAUAAUCCGAGCAUAUCAGCUAACGCCGCUGUUCAACAGUAGCAGUAGCAUGAUUGUCUACUUUUGUCCUCAUGCCGCUUUAUUAAUCCGUUGAAAUUAAUUUUAACGCGUUAAUCACUUAUAGGUUUAUGUUGUAUUUUAAUAGGUAUUGAAAUUAAAUUAUGCUAAGAAUGUUUAAAUGAUUUCAGCA